AUGGCCCUUUCCACGUCAAGUCAGUUGCUCGUCUCCGUUAACUCUCGCCGUCGGACGUCCGUUCGCAUGCGAGCGCCAAGUUGUUGUGUCCUCCUCUGGACGGGCGGUGUGCGCGGGAACACUUCGGCGCGAGCGCGAGUGCAUGCAUGCAGCCUGCGUGCAGGCCGAACGAUCACCGGACCCCGAUCAGGAGAACGGCACGGCGAUGGGUCCAUGCAAGACAGUGUGCGAUGAUGGAGCAGUACAGUCAACUGACAAUUAAAUUCCUAUCUUCUUUUGCUUCGUAGUCCUCGCCGUCGCGGCAUCGCAGGAGCUCGUCGUCGCGUCGCACUUGGCUUUAUUUCGCCGCGCGGACGCGUCCGAGACGAGCUCGUCCUACUUGGCCAACAUCCUCGGCAUGGCCCCGAGCGCUUGCGCCGACUCGUGCAACACCGCUACCACAGAUUACAGUGUACGUGCUCCGGAUACUCAGGAGACGCUGGUUGGCUUUGCUGCUGUACUCUGCGCCGCGCUGGGAUCUCGCGGUCUCGCGUCAGAUCGGCAGAUCGCUACGGCGCCUUGGGAACGCAAUUCGGUUCCUUCAUUUUGCUGACGAGCCUCCGGUGCAUUUUCUUGCCACCUCUCCUUCUUCCGUCGACGCCUUGCACAACACACACAAUAGCAAUGCGCCAAUCAAACCAGUCAAUCGAGCGUCGCCAUGUGUGCAUGCUCUGCCCAAUCCCUUGGUGAUCUUCGUCAGUCAUUUUCUUCGGGACGUGGGCCAUGCCAGCGUUACCCAAUUUGUACAGCCAAGGCUGAUUGCAAUAGCCCUCGCGCGCAUUUGGCUAAAUUAGGUACAUGCGCGAAUUGCAUUGCCAACAACGGGAACGCGACGGCCAAGUCGAGUGCUGUUAGCAACUACAACUGUGAGUUCGUAUUGAGAAUACCAAGCGAUGCGGAUCGUGCUGACAUGAGAGAGUCAAUACGCGCCCACCCAAAAAUUAGCCUUCGUCGAUCUCUGCGUCAAGGACGGCCUCGCGACCGUGACCGGUACCGUCUCCGUUGGUCAAUCGACAUCCGCUAUCCCCCGUGCAACGACCACCUUGGCCAGUUCCGCAUCCCGAGCCGUCUACACCACCGCUGGAUCGGUAUCCGCUGUGCCCGUCGCUUCCCUUGCCGGUAACUCUUCUGCCGGCAGUGCGACGGCGAUGGCGACGGCGACGGCGACGGGAUCCGCUGCGCCCGCGUCGGCGACUACUGCCAAGUCCGGGGCGGGCAGACUUAUUUCGAGUGGAUUGGGCGCUGUGCUCGUUGUCGCUUUGCGAUUAUUGGCUUGA